AUGACACAGAGCACCGAAACCCCGAGCACCCCAGAGGGACCAGGCGGGCGUCUGCACAGAAGGCUGUUGACCCGCGUUCUGCUCGUGCCCUCGGGCACCGCCGGUCUCCAUCGCCCCGUGGACCACGGCCUCACGGGCGGCCCAUCAAACGGGCAGGACAGCGCUUUCCAAACGGGCGAGAACAUUCCGGAAAGCUCGCGGACGAACAGCUCCCAGGUCCCUGCCCACGUCCAAACGGCUUUUAAAGCCAGUACUCAUCACAUGGACUCCAAGGCAGGUGACCUCCCUGUGGACCAUGGUGCAGCACUGGGGCUGGUGCAUGGCGACCAUGCUGGGUCUUGUGAGCUUUCUGGUGCUCCUGAAUUCGGCGUGCUGCGGACGAGCACAGCUGGGUAGUUUGUUUAUUUGUUUCUAAUUACAGCAGGCGAGAAUAGAUCUCCUAUUACAAACAUGCAGCUAGAUUCAAGGAAAAGAAUGUUAACCUGGAAUUACAUAAGAAAUGUGAGUGAGCAAGAGUGCAUGAUAUCUACCCCUCCCAACUCUCCCACCGUGCCCAGCUUUCCCACCAUACAAGCCCCAGAGGUCAGAGAGGACAGCACGUACUUCUGCAUCUUCCGAAACCGCGUGCUGCAUAGGGGAGCCAACCUGACCGUGAGGGUCACCUGUGACGGGGCCAAAUUCCAGGAAGUCUUGCCUUUUGCGAACCCAGGCAGGGAAGGUUCCGGCGCCAUGAACUUCUCCUGCUUCAUCUACAACGUCUGUCUCAUGAACUGCAGCUGGGCGCCCGGCCCCCGAGCCCCCGCCGACGUCUGCUACCGGCUCUUCUGGUGGGCCUCCCUGCACGAGGACGAGGCGGAGUGCGUGCAUUACAUCACAGACCCCACGGGGACACGCGUGGGCUGCCAUUUCGAUGAACUUGGUGAACCCCAGGGUAUGGAUAAUUACUUCUUCCUACUGAAUGGGACCAGCAGUGAGACCGCAAUCCCGUUUUUGGACUUUGUUCCAUUUGAAGCCCGUAAGAUUGAAAAGUACGACCCCCCAACAAACAUCACGAUCGCCCGCAACACAUCACAUCACAUUAUCCGGUGGGAGAACCCCGAGAUGAGAUACGAGAUUUCGACUCAAGUCUUGUAUUAUGAGCUGGACAUCCAAAGACCGGAUAGCGCUUCCAAGACAAACCCCGUUUUCCAGAGGGGACAAGACGCGAAUGUGUACGUGGUGCCGCGUUCUGCUGUCAGGCCGGACACCACGCUCCGGGUGAGGGUGCGCUAUCUGUAUAACGAGCUCUGGAGCGAGUGGAGCCCGACACUGCGUCUUGGCCUCCCGGAGCAGGAUUUCCACGGCGCCCUGGUCGGGGUGCUGGUGGUGGCCACGGCGGUGCCCACGCUGGUCCUCGUGUGCUUCUGCAAAUGGUACAGUCUGUUCCCCCGCAUCCCGCAGGUGAAGAAAGAACUCACCGGGACCCUCUUCUCCCCGGAGGGUCCGUCCACGGGGCAGCAGGUGGCAGAGCUCUGCUCCGUUCGUGGCUUAGUGACUUUCCCCCGCGUGCACUAGAGGGAGGGCGUGUCCACCCUUUGGCCACGGGGAACCACGCAGAUCCGCACAGGCACUUUCUCGGUGGCACAACGAGGAGCUCGCGUGUGGGUGCCCUCAACGCUGCCCGUCUUCUGUCUCCCAGGUCUCCUGGGACGAGGGCCGCCCUCCGCCAGGCUCCCAGGAGCCCGAGGACGUCCUCAUCGUGGAGGACCUGUCGUGACGGGCGUGGCUUCGGCCUCUCCCCGUGCCCCCCGCCUCCCCGGAAAAUGUCGCGCAGGAGCAUCGCACGCUCACGUCUGGGGACGAUGUCUCCCCCGACCCCCACCACCGCCACCCAGACCCCGGCCGCACGCUUUCUGGCUUCGUGCUGGCGUCCACGCCGGGGGCGCUGUAUGCGUCUGA